AUGGACAUCAUCACUGAAGCGGCAGUUGCGCCCUUCCAGUACGGAUUCAUGGUCCGGGCACUGUUCGUCUCCAUUCUCGUCGGAAUAAUGUGCCCGGUACUCGGCGCGUACGUCGUAGUCAGAGGUCUUGGGUUCAUGAGCGAUGGCUUGGCCCACUCUCUGCUCCCUGGACUGGUUGUCGCUGCCCUGCUAGUGGCGGUCAUCUCCUCAGAAUGGAUCAUUCUGGUCCCCAACGCCAUUGCGUUCGCACUGCUGAUUGGCUUCCUGUCGAAACGCACGGGCCUUAGUGAAGAUACCUCGAUAGGCAUUCUGUUUGCCGGCCUGUUCGCGCUGGGCCUUACAUUGCUGACCGCGGCGCGAGGGCUAAAGGUCAGUCUGGAAUCCGUUCUUCUAGGUCAAGUGCUAGGAGUAUCACAAGACGAUGUGUUGGUGACUGCCGCAUUGGCGGUCGUCGUUGUGGUGCUGCUCUUUGCGCUCCACAAGGAGAUGGUGUUCGCCACGUUCGAUCCGCUGGGGGCCUCGGUUAUGGGCUUGCCACCCCGGGUUCUGGACUACGUGCUACUCGUGCUGCUGGCUGUCGUGAUCCUGAUCGCUCUGCAAGCGGUUGGCAUAGUGCUCGUGUGA